AUGGGACAGGUGUUGAUCUACUCGGUAACCAACUGGAACACCCCGUACAUCCUGUUCAUGAGGGGCGCCACUUCUCUCAUCGUGCAGGCGGAGACCCACUUCCUCACUCUCGACACGGUUCAGGGAGUGCAGAUUUGGAUCUACGAGGGGAGGCACGUUAGCAACCCCCGCUUCCAGAACCUUCGAGCGGACUACCUGAGCGGCCGCGCCAUCUCCCUCUCCGAGGAUGCGGUAGCAAUCCUAGACCGUUCCUCCCCCAGGUGCGUCCGCGUGUGUGACGUGGCCACGGGCCGACCGCUGGCGGACGAGAGAGUCGCGGAGGUCGUGCACGAGUGCGAAGUGGAGGAAGUGUUCUUGAGUCAAUUCUCCAAGGGGCUGUCGGAGCGACGCCUCGCUUUCAUCGACAGGAACAAGAAGCUGUGGCUGUGCCCCGUCGUUUCAAGCUCUGCGGGGAGGAGCUCCGUGCCUGCAAAACACAAGCUGCACACACAGGUGGAGAGUGCGGCCUGGAACGGCAAGGGCGACAUCCUCACGGCAAUCGCCGACGGCCGCCUCAUCACAUGGUACUACCCCAACGCCGUGGCCAUCGACCGAGACCUGCUGGUGCUAGCGUCAACGUCGAGAGACGCGGCGGAGUUCUGCAAGUCUCCCAGAGUAGUUUCUUUCUACGGUGCCAAGGUGAUGGUGAGAAGAGCGGAUGGGGCUUUGCUGAGCGCGGCCGUGGCCCCUUACCCAGCCAUGCUCUACGCCUCCGUCCGGGGACAACGCUGGGAAGAGGCCGUCCGACUCUGCAGGCGCAGCCGCGAGCUGUGGGCGUGCAUGGGCUGCAUGGCCCUCAACGGCAAGAACUUACAGCUAGCCGAGGAGGCCUUGGCCGCUAUACAGGAGGUCGACAAGCUGGAGUGCGUGCAGCACGUGUUGAAGGUGUCUAGCGAGGAGGGCCGAAACGCCGAGCUCGCUUUGUAUCGCCGGUGCCCCGAAGAAGCGGAGUCCAUCCUGCUCCAGGCGUCCCCGCCGCCCUCAUCUACCCCGCCAUCAAGCUCAACCCCCUCUCCCUUCCUUGGACAGAUCCGUCUCUUCCGGUGGUCCCGUGCCCUGGAGCUCGCCGUCCAGCACAAGACCCACGUGGAUACCGUGCUGGGGUAUCGGCAGGCCUUCCUCAAGUCGUCGGGCAAGGAAGAGACCGACAAGAGGUUCUUCCAAUCCAAUUCCGAGGUGGCCGUGGAUUGGGAAGUGAUCAGCGCCAAGAAGGAGAAGGAGAGGGAGGAUGAGCACGCUAGGGCGGGUAGCCGAAGAGGACCGUCGUCGGGCAUGGACCGAGAAAAGAAAUGAAAAUAUAUGAAGUGGAAAUCUUUGGA